GUUAAGCCGCGAAGGCACAGCCAAGUACAGUUUGGCGGACCUGGACCGCGGCCCUCGGCACCCAACAGCACUGACGGCGAACCCUUCACGGGCGCGUGAUGCCUCGGCUCGGCCGCCACCGUCAGCAUCUCGGCCCUUGCAGAGAGGGCGCCGGCCUACAGCCAGCUCCGAAAGCGCGGGUCGCCUAGCGAGGGCACGGGGAGGGGCCUCGGGCCGACCGGGUUUGUGGGAGACAUCCGCUUCCGGGGCCGCGGCCAUCGCGACCCUCGGCUCGACAGGACAGUAGAGCUGUACGCAGGAGCUGACUCCGGCCCCUACUGUCCCUGAGUCCCGGCCGCCUUCGCUCCGCCGCCCGCCUCCUGAGCCAGUCAUGUUGGAGUAUCUGAGUUCCCUGCCCACGCAAAUGGAUUACAAGGGCCAGAAGCUAGCUGAACAGAUGUUUCAGGGAAUUAUUCUUUUUUCUGCAAUAGUUGGAUUUAUCUACGGGUACGUGGCUGAACAGUUCGGGUGGACUGUCUAUAUAGUUAUGGCGGGAUUUGCUUUUUCGUGUUUGCUGACACUUCCUCCGUGGCCCAUUUAUCGCCGGCACCCCCUCAAGUGGUUACCUGUUCAAGACUCAGGCACAGAAGACAAGAAACCAGGGGAAAGAAAAAUUAAGAGGCAUGCUAAAAAUAAUUGAUUGGGGUUUUCAUGAUUGAGCUUUACUACUGCACCUGCUUUUGUUUCGUGUGACAUGAGCUAAAUUGUUUUCAUAUCCAAAACAUGAGCUAAAAACACCUAUGCUCAGCUGUGUACAGAUUUUGUUCUCUCUAUAUUUCACUUUUAUGUUGGGUUUUGAUUUAUAAAUAUUUUAGACCUCUCUUCACAAUCUUCCUCUGAAAUGGAGAACAGAAAACACAAGUAUGCAAAGUUUCUUUCAGGUCUACAAAAUAAUGAAGAAUAAAAGCCUCAUAAAUGAUAGUACAGUUUAACUAUCGAAGUUUUAUAAUUCAUUAUGAGUCAUCAGGCUGUUUUAAUGUUUUCAAAUAAAACUCACAGUGCAACUCAA